CGAAAACAGAGCACCAUCGAGGGGUCUAGCUGGCUGUCAACCUAGCUUCCCACGGCAGUCAUGGCGGCGCCGUUAGCCCACUUCGACGAGGACUGGCAGGACUUUAACGAAUUCAAGCCGUCCUCGGAGUCGGCCGACCAGCUGGAUCAGCUGAACUCGAAUGUGGUCGACUCGUCGUCGGGCCUAGACGAUUUCUCAGACCUGGACAACAGUUUCUCGGGGGAGAUCUGCAGCUUCAAAUCGAUGGAGGACCUCGUCCACGACUUCGACGAGAAGCUGACAGUGUGUUUCCGAAACUACAACACCACGACGGAAAACAUAGCCCCCAUUAAACCCAUCUCGGAGGAGAGUUACUUGAAAAACGACGAAGUGUGGAACACUCUGACAGAUAACUAUGGCAACGUGAUGCCUGUGGACUGGAAGACAUCGUACACUCGCUCCCUACACCUGCCCACCCUCAACCUCACAGAUCAUGAGAAGUUUGAUAACCAGUCCUUGGAUCUGUCGGACGACGAGGAGCUGAGGGAGCAGAUGGAUAUGCACUCGAUCAUCGUCUCGUGCAUCAAUGACGAGCCCCUCUUCACAGCUGAACAGGUGAUAGAGGAGAUAGAAGAGAUGAUGCAGGAGUCUCCAGAUCCAGAGGACGAUGAGAGUCCCUCCCAGUCCGACCUGUCCAUGCUCUCUCAGGACCUCCACGCUCUGAAACGCUCCGGCUCCAACACCAGCUACGAGGACCGCCUGCGUCAGAUGUCUGUGUCUGAACUUACUGAGACUCUGGAAGAAGUGGAAACGGCCAUUCGCCGCUACAGUGAAGAGCUGAUCCAGGCUCUGGCCCUGCGAGACGAACUGGACUAUGAAAAGGAGGUGAAGAACAGCUUCAUCUCGCUGCUGAUCGACGUACAGAACAGACAGAAGGAGCACCGCGAGCUGCUGCGCAAGAAGAAGAAAAUCAGAAGCACGACUACGACCGGACCCAACGGCCAGAGAACAGCCAGCACGCACAUACCAGGCACAUACCUGACCACAGUGAUCCCUUAUGAGAAGAAAGCAGGCUCCCCGUCUGUAGACGACCUCCAGAUCCUCACAAAGAUCCUCCAUGCCAUGAGGGAUGACAGUGAGAAGGUUCCUGCCCUGCUAACAGACUACAUUCUCAAAGCUCUGGUAUGAGAGCAGUGGAAACAGAGUUCUUUGCCCCACGUAAAGCCAAAGGCGAAGCCUCGCGUUCCCGGGACCUUCCACUGGACCAUCGAAAGAGGUUUCUAGUAAUCUGGAAGAACCCAGACAAUGGAUUAAAAUCCAAACCUUCCCCCCUGUUUUUUCACGACAUAGACUUUCUUCCCUUGUGGCAUUUUGUUCCUCUGCCACUGUUGUCGUUCCUAAGAUUUUAACUCUAGUUAAAACUCCUUGGUCUGUAUAGUUAUUUUCUUUAAUCUUUUAACUUUUUAUUGCCUGAGUCCUACAACCCUGUAUAUCCUGACUGCAUGAUGACUUAUCAAUGGAUGCCAGUAAUCAGUAUUAGUCUGAGCACCUCACUUCCUGAUUUGCCAGUGGCUCUUGAAAGGUAAAAGGUCAGGGAAAUAACAUGGGGUUUUUUUGUUGUUGUUGUUUGUGUUUUGAAUCUUGUGGGCUUCAUCAGCAGGCCUGUGCAAGGGAAAUGCAGUCCAAUCUGUUUUGUAAACUGAAUGCAUUUGCAUCUGUGUAGUUCAUGCUUGACAGGGAAAACAAAUCCUGGCCGAAUCUCUGGAUCUUAAAGUGCCAGGCGAGUUAUGGUGUCCAGUAUAGAACCUUUAACGCUUUAAUGGCAUUUGUUGAUCAAUUGCGUUUAAUGCCUGGAGGUUGAAAACUCUGCUUGCUAAGGCUGAAAAAGAACAAACCCUUUAAUUUAAAAAAUCCCAAAUUGUAUGCCCACCUGUCUUUGCAUGUUGGCUUUGGGUUUACGCUCAAUAUUAGCUGUUAGUUGAAUGUUGAAAAUUAAAUAUUUUGUAUACAAUUAAGUGAAAUUGCACAGUUUUGGGAACUUUUCACUUUUUAAAAAAGGGGAGGGGAAGGGUGAAACGACUCAAGAAAGUAAUAGCUGGAUGAACAAACAUGUAAAGCAUAUUUUUGGAUAAGGAGUCUCUCUUUUUUGUGUGUGAGAUUAGGGCCUUGUCAGUAGCCACUUUUAUGACCACAUUGCAACAUCAUUUUGUAAAUGCUGUCCAUUGACCUCUGAGCCCUCAAAUAGUGACCCCCAUCGAAUCGUCAUCACGUUAGUCUGCAGAUACCUCAUGUAUUACACUUUUGCAUUAUUAGAAAAUGGCCUAUCUUGUUGUAUCAUUAGAUAAAUAGUGUAGUUAAGAUUAUGUCAGAUUUAAUAAUUGUGUAGUUAAGCUUCUGCUAUAAGUUGUGGGUUUUCUCAUGUCUGUUAACCCUUUAACUGUUAAAUGUAAACUUUAGGGAUUCUGUGGUAGCACUUCAGUCUGUCAGUGAUCUGGUCAUGUAGUAGUGGAAUAUGUGAUGGAUGUACUUUAGAGUAUGUCUCACUAGAUUAGUGUUAGAUGAAGCUUAGAUGCUCAAGCUAGCGGUGCAGAAAACACCCAUGACAUUUGUUGCCGUGCGUCCUGUUCCACCGAUUCACCGUAUCUGUCAGCAUGAGCAUGAGAAUUUAAACAGCCUUAAAGGGGCGCUCCACUGAUUUUACAUAUCAUAAUGAGCACUGCUCGGGCUGUAGAAACAGUUGUAUGACGUCUUCUGUGGCUUUGGAGGAGCUUUGUUGAGAAAAUAACCCUGACAAUGUCAUAGUGAUGUCAUCAGGGUUAUCGUGGGUUGGGCUCGAGACUAAAAAAUUCAUUAGCAGGAAGUCUGUGUUAAAAACUCAGGGCAUGGGGUUUGAAAGAUGACAGUGUUUACCAAACAGGGAGGGAUCUAACAAAAAGAGGGCAUCAAGUUGCACUGUGGGAACUGUAGGAUCCAUACUAGGGGCUAAAAGUCAGAAUAUCGCAGCCUCUUCUUUGUUUUUUGUUUUUAAAUGCGUGUUUUUCGCAGCUCCCUGCUUUUUAUUUAUAUCAAAUCACUGGAGCACCCCUUUAAAACGACGCAACGCCAACCUAGCACUGCUGUUCACCAAGUUGGUACACUAACGUUCAGAUCACCAGCUACUACAGGUGCACCACACACUGUCAGAUCAGGUCUGGUCUAGCUCUCAGGUACAAUCAUCAGUGUUAGAGGUUUAAAAUCUUGUUCUGAAAGGUACUGACAUUCCUGAGUCGCUCAUUGUUCCUCACAGCAUUUUAACAGCCAGACUUCAACUUGCAGCACUUUUUUAAAAGAAUCUUUUCACGCUCUAAAUCUCACUCUAAACACCUGGACGAGCAGAAGGAGGUACUUAAUCAUGGUAGCCUCUUGACUAAAUCAGGGUAGCAUUACAGAUGUUGAAUACGUCGUGAUUUUUUUUUUUUUUUGAAACAGUCGUAAAAGUCCUGGAUUCUGCUUAGUAGUAAAACUAGUAGGUGUAGCUAGCAGUGUAACGGUACAUGCGAAGGCCUGUCAGUAGCAUCCGCUCGGUGUAGCAGUCUAGUGACAAUAACGUAGAUGCAGUUGCAACAUCCAGCAGCAAACUUCAGUUUUCUAGAAUAUUGAUAGGUUUGAUUUGUAAGAGAAGGUAAGACUCCUGAAAAAGGAAUUUACUUUUACUGGUUUAAAAAAAUGUGAAGCAUAGCUUUCAUGCCCGUAGCCAGAGGAAAAGGGCGCAAGAGGAAGAAAAAGGGUUAUGAUAAAGAUUGUGGAUGUUGGGGAAGAUUGCACAAAGGGUUACUUAAAUACGAGGGGUCCAUUUAUACUUUUGUAAAGGAUAACAAUAGCUCGUAGUGCUGUAUUUAACUAUUUGAUGUACUGUUGCCAGCUUUGAAAACGUUAACAACCUAGCAUGUGCUGCAUGCACUUUACUGCCGCAAACACAUUUCUAAUUAUGAAUAAUUUUAUCUUGUUUACAGACAAUAUUAAUAUCACACUAAAGGGACAAGUGCAUGCUGAAAUGAAAUGCAGAAAAUCUUUAAAUAAGCAUUUAUUCUUCACUGGUACAAAGAUAUGAAGUAGGGCAAAUAAAAUGCCAUUUUAAGAAAACGCCCCUCAGCUGAUCAUAACCUGGUAAAUCAAAAGCUUAAGUGAAAACUCUCGCGACACCAACUGUGUGAAUUUAUCCUUUGUUUUUAUAAUGAAGUGGCAGGCAGCACGGAGGUCACUGACGGAUCUUGUCUCAGGCCAGAGCCCCUCACCUGGUCUCUUCUUAGCAGACAUAUCAGUGUAACUACAAUUUAGAGAUUUAUAUUUAUAUAUGUACAACAAAACAAGCAACAAAAAAAAAGAGGCUGCUUUUGUAAAUGCCUGAAUUUUUUUUGUACAUUAAACUGAUUCCUUUGUGUUUUUAAUGCAAUAUAAUUCCCCAGUUUUGGGGUUUUAUGUUUACUGUCUCAUGUGGUACUGCAGUAUAUUAAUUUAUUAUGUAAAUGUUCAUUUUGUAACCAUAUUAUUGACUGUGAUGGUACAAGUGUUUGUGCCCACAUUGCAUUGCAACUCAUUUCAAAUAAAUUGAUAUGU